ACGGGGCGGUCGAACUACAAGCCAUUUUGGGGACGGUGUCAGUUUCCACUGAACCAUCAGACACGGCAUUUUUUAAACCGCUGAAUUGCGCGAUAGACCUCAACAGUUCGAUGAGAGAAGUGAAAUAAUUGCUUUGGAGAUCAAAUCAUUCCGUCACCUUGAAUGUUCAAGGCUUACCGUGGCGCGUAAAAGGCAAUUGCGUAACUACAAUGAACUCGACGGUGGUGCGUUAGAGCUCUUGCAAUUGACAGCGUCUGCAGCUCAAUCCAAGAUGGCCGCUUUGGCUGCAUUCAUUUUUCUCUGAUCGACUUUCAAGUUUCAUUGUCUAUCAAUCUCGCUUGGAUACCAUCUUGGAUAAACCUGACUUCUAAUUCCAUGAUGCACAGAACAACAAGAAUUAAGAUAACAGAGCUGAAUCCCCACUUGAUGUGUGUGUUAUGUGGAGGUUACUUCAUAGAUGCCACAACCAUUGUUGAAUGCCUACAUUCCUUUUGCAAAAUGUGCAUUGUGCGGUAUCUUGAGACCAGCAAGUACUGCCCUAUCUGUGAUGUUCAGGUCCACAAAACAAAGCCUUUGCUGAAUAUAAGGUCGGACAAGACUCUUCAAGACAUUGUGUACAAGUUGGUUCCGGGUCUUUUCAAAAAUGAAAUGAAACGGAGACGAGAUUUCUAUGCCGAACAUCCUUCAGUUGAUGCUGCAAAUGGAUCGAAUGAAGACAGAGGAGAAGUGGCUGACGAGGACAAGAGAAUAAUUACGGAUGAUGAGAUUAUCAGCCUCUCCAUAGAGUUCUUUGACCAAAACAAACAAGAAAAAUCUGGAGAGGCUAAAAGUGUCACUAAAGAGAGUGUGAAAAGGUACUUACAGUGUCCAGCUGCAAUGACUGUCCUGCAUCUAAGAAAAUUUCUGAGGAGUAAGAUGGACAUACCUUGUACCUUUCAGAUUGAUGUUAUGUAUGAAGAUGAACCACUUAAAGAUUAUUACACAUUAAUGGACAUUGCUUAUAUCUACACUUGGAGAAGGAAUGGACCACUGCCCCUGAAGUACCGCGUGCGACCCAGCUGUAAGAAGAUGAAGCUCUGCAGUCCCAGAGAGGAGCUGAGCAGUGGCAGCGCUGGCAGCGCUGGCAGCCGCCCCGAAGGGGAGAGUGAUUCGGGCAGUGAUAAACCCUGCAGCCCUGCUGCCAGAGACCCCUCCACCUCCACCUCCACCCCCCCACUAGCCAGCCCCAGAACUGCGUUGCAGUCGGCCCAGUCUGGACUCUCACACACCUCCACGAUCAAUGGCCUGUGCUCCUCCUCCGGCUCUGCCACCGCCACCACCACCAACAACAACAACUGCAGCUCUGGCCCAGCAAACAGACAGCUACCCCUGAACAGCAAAGCCUGCAAGCCCUCGGCUGUGAAUGGCUCACCCCCUCUGGGGUGACUUGACCAAAGACUGACCCCUGUUCUGUCCCUGUCCAUGCCAACAGAGCUGAUCUUUUUGUUUGUUUGUUUAUUGUAGUUGUGGUCAUUUGUGAUAAAAGAAGAAAAAACAAACACAGUCAAAUAUUUUGACAUCACAUGCAUACGUUUGUCAAUGUAUGUAGCCCCUAAAUGAAAAUUGAAGUGAUGCACAACUUAAGUGACCCUGGUGUUUUACCCGCAGAUAUGGGUUUUUUUGAUCAAGGUGAAAUUCUGAAGCUUUUCAGUUUCAGUCAAGUUUGCUGAUUUUGGUUUUAAUUUGACUUUCCGUAAAUAAUUUAUAUUUCAUUUUGUCUCUAAAAAAUCCUUGGACUUUCAUCAUAGAUCUUCUCAAAAGAGAUUCCAGUCAGGCCCAAGGUUGCCCCUGGAAAUGUUAAGUUUAUAAUAUAGCCUUAUUAUUGAACUUAAA